AGGGAGGGAGUCGUGCUGUCCCUAACCGCAGCCCCGCCGGCCCUCAGACACAGUCCCCCGGGGGUCUUCUCUCCGCGUCUCCUCCCCGAGGGUCUCCUCCCGGGGGUUCUUGUCCCCGGGUCUCUCCUCUACGGGUCUCUCCUCUCCGGGCGUGUCUCCUCCCCAGGGUUCUCUUCCCGGGAGUUCUUCUCCCCGGGGUCUCCUCCCCGGGGGUCUCUCCUCUCCGAGGGCGUCUCCUCCCCGGGGUCUCGUCUCUGUUCCUCCUCUCGCCAAGCCCAGGCUGGUCCUGCCGGGUCCGCAGCGCGGGCCUUCCCUUCCGGGGGCGGCCCCCAACGCUUGGCACCGAAAGCUGGGGAGGGGUCUGCGGCCCAGAUCCCAGCUGUGGCCCUCAGUGACUUCUUAGUCCCGGUUUACUCUUCGGCGCCCAUGGAGAGUGCUGAAGGUGCCGAGCAGCACGCGCCCGAGCGGAGCGGUCCAGCCGCGGGGCCGGCCCAGAGCACGGCUCCGCAAGGGCCCCGGGAAGACCAGGGGCAGCCCCUCUACCACGAGGAAACCAUUGAUCUCGGUGGAGACGGGUUCGGGUCAGAAGACUCAAAUAACUUGGUGGACAAGCUCGAUGAGCCCAUGAUGGAGAGCGUCCUCAUCUCUGAUUCCCCGAACAACAGCGACGAUGGCGCGGGGGACCUGGGUUGUUUGCAGGAUGUCGUGGAGACUGCGGAAGGCGGCGCAGAUCACAGACGGGAAAGCGUCGUAGAUGAAGAAGCGCUGGGCGCUCUGAGUGAUGACGGUGAAAGUGACGGAGAGGACACACCUAAAGACGUCUCGGACAUGACCUCCGACAGCAGAGCAUCGUUGAAGCAAGACCCAGAGCAAGAGGAGGUGAAAGACCUGCCCACCUGUGAGCACGAGGGUGCAGAGGACUUGGGCCCAGGGGACGCGAGGGCGCCCGCAGCGGGGCCGGCAUCAGGACUGUCCCCCCGGCAGCCGUCCCCCAAAGACGAGCCGGUGCCCAUGUGCACCAUCUUCAGCCAGCCGCCGCCUGCCGGCUCGCAGCCCCAGGUCCCGCGCGAUGGCUUCGAGUCCCAGAUGGUGAAAUCGCCCAGUUUCAGCGGCGCGAGCGAAGCGGCCGCCAGGACCCCUCCUCAGGUGGUCCAGCCGAGCCCCAGCCUGAGCAAAUUUUUUGGCGAUACAACCAGCACUAGCUCCUUGGCCUCGGACUUCUUUGAUUCCUUCACAACCUCCACCUUCAUCUCCGUCAGUAACCCCAAUGCCAGCCCUUCGAUUCCAGAAAGCUUGUCUUCACUCGCCGCUACCCCAGUGGGAGAAAACUCCCUGGGUUCUGCCGACCCUUCUUACUCCCCAGGGACGGAAAGAUCGGAGUCAGGUGUUUCCACAGCUUCUCUGGAAAUUCCUCAGUCUCCAAAACCGUUUUCGCAGAUCCAGGCUGUGUUUGCCGGGAGCGAGGACCCCUUUGCCACCGCCCUGAGCAUGAGCGAGAUGGACCGGAGAAACGACGCCUGGCUUCCCGGGGAGGCGACCAGGAACGUGCUGAUUUCAGUCACCACCCAGCACUACAGCACGGUGUUCGUGGACAAGGAGGGCCUCACCAUGCCGGGCCUCAAGUUCGACAACAUCCAGGGAGAUGCAGUUAAAGACUUAAUGCUUCGCUUCCUGGGUGAAAAAGCUGCAGCAAAGAGACAGGUCUUAAACGCCAACUCGGUAGAACAGUCUUUUGUUGGAUUGAAACAGCUCAUUAGCUGCAAGAACUGGAGGGCAGCCGUGGACCUGUGCGGGCGGCUCCUUACGGCCCACGGCCAAGGCUACGGCAAGAGCGGGCUGCCGACCAGCCACACCGCCGACUCCCUGCAGCUUUGGUUUGUGAGGCUGGCACUGCUGGUGAAGCUGGGCCUUUUCCAGAAUGCCGAGAUGGAGUUUGAGCCCUUCGGAAACCUGGAUCAACCAGAUCUCUAUUACGAGUACUACCCUCACGUGUACCCUGGGCGUAGGGGCUCCAUGGUCCCCUUUUCGAUGCGGAUCCUGCAUGCGGAGCUUCAGCAGUACCUGGGGAACCCCCAGGAGUCGCUGGACCGGCUGCACAGGGUGAAGGCCGUCUGCAGCAAGAUCCUGACAAACUUGGAGCAGGGCCUGGCAGAGGAUGGCAGCAUAAACUGCACAGCCCAGGAGAACAGACAAGCCUCCGUGCAGCUGUGGCGGUCCCGCCUGGGCCGGGUGACGUGCUCCAUGGCCAACUGUCUGCUGCUCAUGAAGGAUUACGUGCUAGCCGUGGACGCGUACCGCUCGGUCGUCCAGUACUUCCCGGAGCAGGAGCCCCAGCUGCUGAGCUGCAUCGGCCGGAUCUUCCUCCAGGUCGGAGACAUAAAGACAGCUGAAAAGUACUUUCAAGAUGUAGAGAAAGUAACACAGAAACUGGAGGGACUGCAGGGUAAAAUAAUGGUUUUAAUGAACAGAGCUUUCCUUCACCUCGGUCAGAAUAACUUUGCAGACGCCCACAGAUGCUUCACAGAGAUUCUAAAGAUUGACCCAGCAAAUGCGGUGGCCAACAACAAUGCGGCCGUGUGCCUGCUCUACCUGGGCCGACUCAAGGACUCGCUGCGGCAGCUGGAGGCCAUGACCCAGCAGGACCCGCGGCGCUGCCUGCACGAGAGCGCGCUCUUCAACCUGACCACCAUGUACGAGCUGGAGUCGUCCCGGAGUCUGCAGAAGAAGCAGGCCCUGCUCGAGGCCGUGGCCAGCAAGGAGGGGGACUGCUUCAACACGCAGUGCCUCAAGCUGGCCUAGUUCCCGCCUGACGCCCGAGCCGACAAACCCCCCGCCCUGGCGUCUGCAAGCCGGCCUUCUCCAUCCAGCCGAGGCCCAGGCCGCUCUGGCCGUUUGCACACGCGGGGUGAACGUAACCCGAGGGAGGGGGUCCAGGGCGCCUCGGCCCCUCCUGUGCAUUCCUGGAAGCUGACCUGCUUCGUGUGCUAAGCUGAGCCACGUAACACAAACCGUUCUCGCUCCGAGCCUGAAUGUUCUAGAGGAUCCAUAGAUAGAUAAGGGGGAAGAGAGAUCGUUCGUCCCCGCCCACGUCCCAAAGCUAACCGCGUCCACGCCUCUGAUCCUUUCCCAGCCUGUGCUGGUCACCUCGGACGGGCCUGGUGAAGGGUGAACGAACCCGUCCUUCCUCCUCCUGCAUUUGCACAUCAGAGGGAGCGGGGGUGGGGACGCCUGGGGGUGGGUUCUGGAGAACUCGGGCCCUACUGCACAGAACAAGGGCGGGCUUCACAGUGCGGACACGUGUUCUCUCAGGUCUGAGGGUCAGGGCGUCUGCGGUCCUGUCUACAUGGUCACUCCUGAUUUUGAAGUCUCUGAAGUACGUGAGUGCUUCUUCACUAAAGAACUCUGGCCAGGGUCCUUUAAAUAGCCAGCUAUUCUAAUACACUUUAAAAUGGAACUCACUUUAAAGACUCUGAGAUAAACAUCUAUUGCGUAAAGCAAAGCGAAGCUGUAUUUCUGGUCAUUUUUGUAAUAAAGUAAAAACACAAAUGCA